AUGGCGUCUGCGAAUCUCGACAGUGCCGAGGCCCAGUGGCGAGCUCAGUUCGAGGCCAUGAAGACAGCCUUGGCAGGUCUCAAGCUUCCCUCUGAGCCGCCCUCCGAUGUAGAUUUCGACGAUGCAUAUGAAGGGUACUCCUCAGGCAGCGGGGCACAGGACGUUUGGGACUUUAUUUCAGACGACGAAGAUGACGAAUACAGCAGCGACCAGCUAGACGGUCAAGACGCCACCAACGGGGACGCUGCCUAUGGCGCCGCCUGGUUCGCGAGCAAGUGCACAUCCAUUGCUGCAAAGAAUGGUCUAGCCGAAGACGUAUUCCAAAACCAGAUCGUAAGCAUCUUGACAUCCGGCCAAGGCGACGAGGAGCUCCAGUCGCAGCUGGCAGAUCUUGUCGGGUUUGACGACUUUGACUUCAUCAUCGAAUUGCUCGGCCACCGCGACGAGAUUGUCACGGCCGUAGCAUCUCAGGGAGCCCAGGAGCCCAAGGGGAGACUAUUGAGCAAGGCACAGCGUGAAGAGGCUUUGAGGCGACAGGAUUUUGAGCACAAGAAUGCGGCUCUCGCUCCCUCCAUGACCAAGGAAGUCCAGUACCCCCAUGUGUACAAGGCAUACAAUGCUGGAAACUCCCUCAGUCAUUCGGGCAAGAAGUACGGCCUCCCAAGCGGCAGUGAGAGGCUUCAGUUCGACAAGUAUGAGGAGUAUGCUAUUCCCGCAGGGAAGAAGGGAGUUCUGGGCCCCGGGCAGAGGCUGGUCAAGAUCUCAGAUAUGGACGGCCUGUGUCGCGGCACCUUCAAGGGCUACAAAUCUCUCAACCGUAUGCAGAGUCUGGUUCAUCCAGUGGCAUACAGGACUAACGAGAAUAUGCUCAUCUGUGCCCCCACUGGUGCUGGUAAAACAGAUGCUGCCAUGCUCACCAUUCUUCAAACCAUUGGUCAUUACUGCACACCCAACCCCAUCGAAGACACGACUGCUACGGACUUUGCAGUCGAUGCCCAGGACUUCAAGAUCGUCUAUGUCGCCCCGAUGAAGGCUUUGGCUGCAGAAAUUACUGAAAAGCUCGGCAAGCGACUGGCAUGGUUGGGCAUCAAGUGCCGUGAGUUCACCGGAGAUAUGCACCUGACCAAGGCCGAGAUUGUGCAAACCCAAAUCAUCGUCACCACCCCCGAGAAGUGGGAUGUCGUGACGAGAAAGGGAACUGGCGAUACCGAGCUGGUACAGAAAGUCCGUCUCCUGAUUAUUGAUGAGGUCCACAUGCUUCACGAUGAGCGUGGUGCCGUGCUGGAAUCGCUCGUUGCCAGAACCGAGCGCCAAGUCGAGAGCACACAGUCGUUGAUUCGUAUUGUCGGUCUCAGUGCCACGCUCCCAAACUAUGUGGACGUUGCCGACUUUCUCAAAGUCAACCGCCACGCCGGUAUGUUCUAUUUUGACGCCUCAUUCCGCCCGGUGCCUUUGGAGCAGCACUUUAUUGGUGUGAAAGGCAAGGCCGGCUCGAAGGCGUCUAGAGAGAAUUUGGACGCCGUUGCUUUCGAAAAGGUCAGGGACAUGCUACAGAGAGGUCACCAAGUCAUGGUCUUUGUUCACUCACGAAGAGACACUCUCUUGACGGCCAAAAUGCUGUACGAGAAGGCCGUGGAAGACUUCUGCGUGGACCUGUUCGAUCCGACCGACCACCCGAAUUAUGAGAACGCUGUACGAGACAUGAAACAAUCCAAGGCGCGAGACCUGCGAGAACUAGUGCCCAAGGGCUUGGGUAUCCAUCACGCUGGUAUGGCGCGCUCUGACAGAAAUCUUAUGGAGAGUCUCUUUGGAGAGGGCGUCCUCAAAGUUCUCUGCUGUACUGCGACUCUCGCAUGGGGUGUAAACUUGCCCGCGGCUGCCGUCGUUAUCAAGGGAACCCAAGUGUACAGCGCUCAGGAGGGUAAAUUCGUCGACCUCGGUAUUCUUGAUGUGUUGCAAAUCUUCGGUCGUGCUGGUCGUCCCCAGUUCGAGGAUACUGGUAUCGGUAUGAUUUGUACCACCCAAGACAGACUCCAUCACUACUUGACCACGGUCACGGAGCAACAACCGAUCGAGUCCAAGUUUUCCACAAAGCUCGUCGACAACUUGAAUGCCGAGAUUUCUCUCGGUACUGUGACGUCGAUUCCCGAGGCUGUCCAGUGGAUUGGGUACUCAUACCUCUUUGUACGCAUGCAGCGAAGUCCAAUGAGCUACGGUAUCGAGUGGGCUGAAAUCAGAGACGAUCCUACUCUUGUCCAAAGGCGUCGCACACUGGCUAUACAAGCAGCCCGCACUCUCCAACAGAGCCAGAUGAUCGUCUUCAACGAAGUGACCGAGGAGCUUCGCAGCAAGGAUAUUGGCCGCAUUGCUAGCCAGUACUACAUCUUGCACACCAGUAUCCAGAUCUUCAACACCAUGAUGCGCCCUAUGGCCACUGAGGCCGAUAUUCUAAAGAUGAUCGCCAUGAGUGGAGAGUUUGACAACAUUCAGUCCAGAGACUCUGAAGAGAAGGAGCUGACGCGCCUGCGGAACGAUGUCGUGCCCUGUGAUGUUGACGGCGGCAUUGACACGCCCCAGGCCAAGACCAACAUUUUGCUGCAGGCAUACAUUUCGAGGGCGCAACCAGAGGACUUUGCCCUCGGCAACGAUCUCAACUACGUUGCUCAGCAGGCUGGUCGUAUUUGCAGAGCCUUGUUCAUGAUCGCUCUGAAUAGGAGAUGGGGACAUCAGUGUCUGGUUCUGCUCACCCUCGCCAAGUCAAUUGAAAAACGAAUCUGGCCGUUCCAGCACCCUCUACACCAGUUCGACCUUCCCAAGUCGGUCUUCAACCAGCUCGAUGCCAAGGACAAUUUGACAGUGGAGGCAAUGAGAGACAUGGAGUCUGCCGAGAUCGGUAGUCUAGUCCACAACCAGAACGCGGGUAAGAAGAUUGCCGCGAUCCUGAACAACUUCCCGACUAUCAGCGUCGAAGCGGAAAUUGCACCUCUCAACCGCGAUGUUCUCCGGAUCAAGUUGUUCAUCGAGCCUGACUUCCGAUGGAACGACCACACCCACGGAACUUCCGAAUCGUACUAUAUUUGGGUCGAGAACUCGGAGACGUCUGAGAUCUACCACCACGAGUUCUUCCUUCUUAACAGGAGGAAGCUCCAUGACGAUCACGAACUCAACUUCACCAUUCCCCUCUCGGAUCCUUUGCCCACUCAGAUCUACGUACGGGCGGUUUCUGAUCGAUGGCUUGGCGCUGAGACGGUGACGCCUGUUUCUUUCCAGCACCUGAUUCGCCCGGACACUGAGAGCGUGUACACUGACCUCCUGAACUUGCAACCGCUACCCAUCAGCGCUCUCAAGAAUCCGGCUCUCGAGGAGAUUUAUGCCCAGCGCUUCCAAUACUUCAAUCCAAUGCAGACUCAGAUUUUCCACACCCUCUAUCACACACCUGCCAACGUUCUCCUCGGAUCUCCCACUGGUAGUGGAAAGACCGUUGCUGCAGAGCUGGCGAUGUGGUGGGCGUUCAGGGAGCGGCCAAAGUCCAAGGUUGUGUAUAUUGCGCCGAUGAAGGCUCUGGUUCGUGAGCGUGUCAAGGAUUGGGGAGCUCGACUUGCUCGGCCUCUUGGGUUGAAGCUGGUCGAACUCACAGGUGACAAUACCCCUGAUACGCGCACUAUCAAGGAUGCCGACGUCAUCAUCACCACGCCCGAGAAAUGGGACGGUAUUUCUCGUAGUUGGCAGACGAGAGGCUACGUUCGUCAAGUGAGUCUCGUCAUCAUUGACGAGAUCCAUCUCCUGGCUGGUGAUCGUGGUCCGAUUCUGGAGAUCAUCGUCUCUCGUAUGAAUUACAUUGCAGCAUCCAUCAAGAACUCUGUCCGCCUCCUCGGUAUGUCGACGGCAUGCGCCAACGCCACUGACCUGGGCAACUGGCUCGGUGUCAAAGAAGGUCUAUUCAACUUCCGCCAUUCCGUACGCCCAGUUCCCUUGGAGCUUUACAUUGACGGUUUCCCCGAGACCAGAGGCUUCUGCCCGUUGAUGCAAUCCAUGAACCGCCCAACGUUCCUCGCCGUCAAGACGCACAGCCCCGAAAAACCCGUCAUCGUCUUCGUGCCCUCUCGAAGACAGACGCGCCUGACCGCCAAGGACCUCAUCAAUUACUGCGGUAUGGAAGACAACCCUCGCCGAUUCCUGCACAUGGAUGAGGACGACCUUCAGCUCAAUCUUGCCAGAGUCAAGGACGAUGCUCUGAAGGAGGCCAUCAGCUUCGGUAUUGGGCUGCACCACGCCGGUCUCGUCGAAUCUGAUCGCCAGCUCGCCGAGGAACUUUUCCUGAACAAUAAGAUCCAGAUCCUCGUCGCCACCAGCACUCUCGCGUGGGGCGUCAACUUGCCGGCCCACCUCGUCGUCGUCAAGGGCACGCAGUUCUACGACGCCAAGAUUGAGGGGUACAAGGACAUGGACCUGACGGACGUCCUCCAGAUGCUGGGACGCGCCGGCCGUCCGCAGUUUGACAACUCGGGCGUGGCUCGCAUCUUCACAAAGGACGCCAAGAAGGACUUUUACAAGCACUUUUUGCACACCGGCUUCCCCGUCGAAUCGUCCCUGCACACGGUGCUCGACAACCACUUAUGCGCCGAGGUCUCGGCCGAGACCAUUGUCACGAAGCAGGACGCCCUGGACUACCUGACCUGGACCUUCUUCUUCCGCCGCCUGCACAAGAAUCCGUCCUACUACGGCCUCGAGAUCUCAGCCGAGGAGCACAACAGCAUCGCCGCCCAGACCAUGGCAAACGACUACAUGAUUGAGAUGAUUGACAAGUCCCUCGACGAGCUCGCGCGGUCCAGCUGCGUCGAGGUCUUCCCCAACGGCGACGUCGACCCCACCCCGAUGGGCAAGAUCAUGAGCUACUACUACCUCUCCCACAUCACCAUCCGCCACCUCGUCAAGCACGUCAAGCCCGGCGCCUCCCUCCUCAACGUCCUCUCGUGGAUGUCCCGCGCGACAGAGUACGACGAGCUCCCCGUCCGCCACAACGAGGACCUCAUCAACGAGGAGCUCUCCCGCAACCUCCUCUUCCCGGGCAGCUCCUUCGACCUCCCCAUGUGGGACCCCCACGUCAAGGCGUUCCUCCUGCUGCAGGCGCACAUGUCGCGCAUCUCGCUCCCCAUCACCGACUACGUGGGCGACCAGACCAGCGUCCUCGACCAGGCCAUCCGCAUCAUCCAGGCCUCCAUCGACGUCACCACGGAAUUGGGCCACCUCUCCACCUGCCUCAAGUUCGUCACCCUCCUCCAGUGCAUCAAAUCAGCCCGCUGGCCCUCGGACCACCCGGCCUCCAUCCUCCCCGGCGUCGGCGUCGACACCCUCAAGAACGACAAGUCCAACCUCACUUUGGCAAAGAUCUCUGCACUCUCCGCAGGCAAACUCACCUCCCUCGCGAAACAACUCUCCGUCCCAGCGCACCAGCAACCACGCUUCGCAAAGGCCGCAGCCCAGCUCCCGAACCUGUCCGUCUCUGUGCCCGACACCACAGCCCUCGCUGUUUCUGUCGACCUCCGCCGCCUGAACCCCCUGACGGAACGUGACGCCCACGUCUACGCGCCCCGCUUCCCGAAGCCCCAGAAUGAGGGCUGGUUCGUCGUCCUCGCCGACCCGGCCCGCGACGAGGUCCUCGCCGUGAAGCGCGCGGGCUGGUCCCAGGGCCCCGGCCGCAGCGUCGCCGUCGGCUCCAAGCCUACCGCGCGCGUCAGCAUAAAGGUCCCCGAGGCCGCGCAGGGCAAGAAGCUCGAAGUGAUUGUCGUCAGCGACGCGUAUGUUGGGUUGGAGUACCGCGUGGCCGUCGACGUCCCUGCGGCCCCAGUCGUGGACGACGAUAUUGACAAGUCCAAGAAGGCGCAGGCUCAGCAGCAUAGCGAUGGCGGCGCUUCUCGGGCUUGA